CACUGUUACUAGAACCAGACCAUCCGCAGAGGUACUACAGGUUUGUAUAGUUUAUUUUAUAUUACUACCCCAGUAUUGACACUGGAGUGCUAUUAAUUUCAUCACUCUUUUAUAAUUUCACUUCUAGGUUUGUUUCUUUUAUUUUUAUUUUUGAUCAAAGGCAUCAUUAUGAAAUACACCAAUAUUACAACUAUAAAAGAGUUCAUUAUCACUGGAUUCCCUGGACUUCUGCCUGAGUAUUAUGGACCGGUGUCUGCUCUUCUUCUGCUUAUUUUCCUAGGUAUUGUAGUUGGCAAUGCUUUCAUUUUAGCUGUUAUUAUGUACGAGAGGACUCUUCACAAACCAACAUACCUGAUCUUUUUUCACCUUGCAAUGACAGACAUUGCAUUCGGCAUUGUGACUCUUCCAAAAAUCAUUGCCAUAUACUGGUGGAACGACAUGACAUCUUCAUUUGGAGCCUGCUUUACACAAAUGUAUUUUGUUCAUUCUUUGGGAGCUAUUCAUUCUUUAAUUUUACUGAUUAUGGCUUUGGAUCGCUUUGUUGCCAUAUGGUUUCCUUUUCGAUAUUCUGUUAUUACAAACAGAACAGUUUCUAUUGCUUGUAGUGUGUGCUGGGUUGUGACAUUCAUACGUAUGCUGGGGAUUGUGCUUCACGCCUUAACUUUGCCGUACUGCAACCUAAAUAUCGUCACACAGUGCUACUGUGAUCAUAUUUCAAUAACUCAGCUGGGAUGUGGUGACAAUGUUACAUAUGUUAAAACUGUUGCACUUGUAAAUGCCUUGAUCAGUCUUUUGGUUCCUUUAUCAUUCAUCAUUUUUUCUUAUUUUUUUAUUAUCAUAGCUGUUGUGAAAAUGUCUCACUCUGAGAGACGCCACAAAGUCCUGUCCACCUGUGCUCCUCAGAUUUUUAUAACCUGCCUUUAUUAUGUGCCAAGAUGUUUCGUUUAUCUUGCUCACAGUUUGGGUUUCAGUUUGAGCACUGAUGCCCGCAUUGUUAUUACUAUGAUGUACAGCCUUAUACCUGCUGUAGUUAAUCCAAUCAUAUACUGUUUGAAGACUAAGGAUAUUAAGGAGGCUUUGAUACAGAGAUUUAGAAACAGAAAAGUAAGCAUUGCAAUUAAAAUUGAUCAUAAACCAAAUAUUAGGUAAAAAAAAAGUAUAUUUUUUGGGCUUUUAUUGCCUUUAUUAUAGUGACAGCUGAAGACAGACAGGAAAGGGGGGCAGAGAGAGAGGGGAUGACCCGCAGCAAAGGGCUGCAGGUUGGAUUUGAACCCUGGGCUGCUGCAGCAAGGACUCAGCCUCGGUACGUGGGUUGCCAGCUCUACCCACUGAGCUAACCGGGUGCCUGAUAACUAACAUUUUUAAUUAUUAUUAUUAUUAUUAUUGAAACUUUAUUAACACAAGUUUUCUGAGUGUUUGGGUGCCAACCACAGACAUAUAUUUUGGGAGUGUUAAGUACUGCAAGAAAUUUUGCAAAAACUGACUUUCCCCCUCGACCUAUGGAACAUAUACGGUAAACCAAAUGUUAUUCAAUUAUUCAUUUUUAAUGAAGUUCAUGUUUGUUCUAUUAUAGUUUUCUUAAUUAAAUUAUAUUCAUAUUUAGUACUUACUCAAAAUAUGUUUUGAAGUCUAUAUUUGUCCAUUAUUAUUUGUGUAUUUGAUUAAGCUGUUUAGCAAAGUAAAACUCACAGAAUGAGUGCUAAGUAGAUUUUUUCUAAAAUAAAUCCAUCUUUUAUCCGGCUAUAAUUCUUGAAAUUUAAAACUAUGAUGUCUGCACACUUAAAUGCAAAAGGACUGACAAUAACUGUUUAUAUAUUAUUACAAUUACACACUACUAUAACUUCAUUAAAUAUAUUUCCUUGUGUUUGCAAGUAUGCACUGGGAGAUUUCCAGAAUAUUAUAUAUAUUAUAUUAUAUAUACUGUAUAUAUUAUAGCUGAGAAAUUCAUCUGCAUGCUGUAUCCUGGACACUUCCAUGUAUCGAUUUGCUCAGGUCUUGUGUUCUAUAUUUAUCCAGAUUAAAAACAAUUCCUAAUUAUGUUAA